AUGUAACCUUCAUUCAAAUAUCCAACUCCAUCCAAUUUACAAUACUUACAAUAAGAAAUUAUUGUAGAGAAUGAGGUAAAUUCUAAUAUAAUUAUAUAAGAUUCCAGAAUUAGAUACUUUUGAAGAAUUUUGUAGCAAUAUUCCUGAUUAAGACAAUCAAAACAUGAACUUGUCAAAAUAAUCUCAAACUCAUAAUUCAUAGUUAAUCUAUAUUGAUUAAUAAUAAAGACAUGAAUCUAAAUUGUCAGAAUAAUAUCAAUCAAUUGAUUCUAGGGAGUAAUAGGGCAAAUCAAAAAUACAUAGUUAGCAAAGCGAAGAAAAUUAAUAAAUAACAUAUAUGCAAUUUUAUGAAUUUAAUCCUUAAAGCAUAAUAUCAGACACUAUUAAUUAAAGAGCUGAUAAAUAAUAAAGUUACUAAGAUACAAUGGCAGAACCCCCAGCUCCAUAAAAUAAAAAUACAACUAAAUUCUGUUUUCCAUCGAAAGUGAACGGUUUCAACAAUUGUAAAUGAUUAAUUAAAAUAUAUAGUAAAGAAAUAGUUAUGUAUCAAUCAAGACAUUUAGAACAACAAUAAAAAUCAAAGUAAUUCUGAAUAGACUGUUUUAAAAAAUUAAUCUUUAUCAGAAAAUAAGAAUACUAUUGAUGAUGAUUUAAGAAAAUAAAUUACUUAGCUUAAUAAAGAAAAAAUUUAGAUUUAAAUACAAUUUUAAUAAUAAAUGAAACAGUUAUUUGAAAAUAAUUAAUAUUUAGAAUAGUAAUUGAUUGAAUAAAAAUAAUAAACUGAAACAUUGAAUUCUGAUAAAUUGAUUUUAUAAUCUCAAAUAGAUAUUUUAUCAAAAAGAUAAAGUGGAGAUAAAAAUUUAAUGUUUGAUAUAAAUGAUAAUGUAUCAAUUAAAUUGACAUAUAAUGAAAAGAUUUAAUAUUUAAUUGAAAAAUUAAAUUAAAAAUGCUAAGAAAAUGCACGUCUUUAAUAUGAAAUCAUAUUGUUAUAAAAUAAUGUACAUUUUAAACUAAAAGUUAUUAGAUUGAAUUAUUCGAAACUUCAAAGAUUUUAUAAUUAACAAAUAAUAAUCUAUUAUCUCUAGAUCCAGCAAAAAUUUCCUAAUAAAAUAAUUCUCCUUAACCGUAAUCAUAGAAUAGAGCAUAAUCAUUAAGUAAAGAUAGUAGAACAAGUCUAUUUACUUAAUAAAAAUAACCAUAGAAUAUUAGAAUAAAUAAUCCAGAUGAUAGUAAAAAUAUAGUAAAUUUGUAAUAAAACAUAUAUAAUAUAGAUCUGCUAUGAUAUCUCCAUUAUCUAAAUGUGCCUAAAUUAUUUAAUAAAAGUAAUUAAAUUAAAAGAUAUCAAAAAAUACGUAAUAAUUUCAAGAAGAUGUUUAAUUAUAGAAAAUGCAGUAAGAAUUAUUUCUAUUAAUAUAGUACUAAGAAUUCUACAUCUGUUGGAGAAUUGAUCUCUAUAAAGUCAGAUGACAUCAAUUAUUCUAAUAUAAUUAAUAGAAUUCUUAGAAAGGAAUCAUAUUCAAUAUCAUCUCCUGAUGGUAGAGCUACCUAAAAAUUCAAAUUGGCUUUAAAUGAAAAAUUAAACAAUCUAUAAUAAGACAGCUCUAAAUCUUAUGGUAGUUUAUUAUUCUCUUUAGAAUAAUAGAAACUAAAAGAAACUAAUCAUUGUUUAAGGCAAAUUUCUCCAAAAAGAGAGAAAAAAAAGUCUAAAUAGUAAUUUUAUAUAUAUACUAGACUAUUCGGUUUUAUGAAUUAAUAAAACUCAAGGAAAUAAUCAGAUUUACUAAAAUCAGAAGAAUCUCAUCACACUGAUUUCGGAAGAAGAUCUGAAAAGUAUAAUCAAUUAAUUUAAUUAAGAAAUUAUGGAAUUGAACCAAAUGUUGAAAUAAUAUAAUUUAUGAAGGAAAUUCAACAUAAAAAAUCAGAUAGUAAUUUUAUUAUAUAUUCAUUUAAUAGUCUCGAAAAAUAUUAAAUAAUUAAAUCCUGGUGCAUUAUUAACAAAGCCUUUAAUUACAGACAUAAAGGAAGUUAAAAUUAAUCGUUAAUAAAAAUUUUGA